GGUAGACAAUGAGUUUAUAUACGCCGGCUAAUGGAUUAUUUGGCACUCAUGUUACUUGGGAAGAUAUCAAAGAGGUUAUGCAGAAAGAGCUAAAUACUAACUCUUCAUUCGGCUCCAACAAGACCGCUACCAAUAUUGGUGAAGGGAAAGGCUUCAUGUCCAGAAUCGUGCUUAUUGAACCAGAUUGGCAGAAUAAAGACAAGAAACUUCCAGAGCGCUUCAUUGCCAAGCUUCUCACUAUGCUGGCUAUGCAACAACUAACCGAAGGAUUAGCGAACAUGUCAAAGGGAGUAGAGGACAAAUUUAGUACGGAGCAAUUUGUACUUGCGUACGAAGAUCGUCUUAAAAAGCUUCAUAAUUCCGAAGUCGUACUGUAUGGACAUCUAAUGAAGCUUUCAGAAGGAAAGUUUCCCACCCCACAUAUAUAUCACGCCAAAAAGUUCUCAGAGUCCAAUCCUCUAAAAGGAUAUAUCCUUAUGGAGUACAAAGAAAAAGCUGAGACUCUGACUAUGCUCCAGAAUGUUUCGCUUGAAAAUAUCAAAGAGGUGCUUCGAGCUGUAGCAGUCAUGGAGGCUAUGUCGCUGAAAUUUACUCCAGAGGAGAAAAAAGAGUUUAGAGAACAACAUUUUACAUGGGGUUUUCAGAACGUUCUGAGUAAAGAUGUUCUCUCCGCCAUGGUGAAAGCGCCGCAAAUGUUUAAUAUGGCCGUUAAUGCUGAAAAAUUAGAAAAGUACCCGCCAGAUAUCAUGAACCUUGCUUGGGCCGAUCAGCUCUCAGAUGAACUUGGAAUGCAGCGGGUGAUUUGCCAUGGAGACUUAUGGUCGGCAAACAUACUUUGGAACAAAAAGGAAAGCGGCGAAUUGACAUUGUCAGCUCUCGUUGACUUCCAGACAGCCCACCUUGGUUGUCCUGCUGGUGAUCUCACAAGACUCUUUGGCUCAUGUCUCAGCGGAAAAGAUAGACGAGAGCAUUGGGAGGAACUUCUUGAAUCAUUCUACAGUUACCUGCAAGAAGAAGUUGUUGAAAAUGAGAUGCCAUACACUUUAGAGCAGCUGAAGGAAUCAUACCGUCGAUUCUUACCUUUCGGUGGCUUUUUGGUCUUACCUAUGUUUGGCGCCCUACUAGAAAUGGUAUCUAAAAGCCCUGAUGAAGAGUUCAAAAAUCAGUGCCUGGCUACGGCAUUGGAGAAGAUUGCUUGCAUGGUGGAGGAUGUUGUUGAGUAUCAUGAGCGCAAUCUGAAGCUCAAAAGUGACAUUCCAGAUGAGCACAUAAUAUGUAGUAAAAACUGACGGAACUGAGUUUAUUUUUCAUGCAAUGCUGACUAGAGAUCCAUAAGCAAAAUCUCAGGCACUGGCCUAAGGCUAUUUUACAGUGAUAAUUA